AUGAAAGGGAAACAACGAUCAUUGCUAGUCGUUAACGAGUCAAGCGAGGCUUAUCUCAAACUCAAGCUCUAUUUCCGUGGAGAUCUUGUGUGUUACAUGCCACACACAUCAAGGGUAUUCAAGCCAAAUGAGAAGUUCUUUUAUACCACCGAAUGGCAGCACAAGCUCGAAUUAGUUGCGCUGUUCCAAGGAAGAAAGAAACCGAAAAAAGUUCUUUUAAAACCACAGCAGUGGGUUGGGAAAAGAUAUGUAAAGAUCACAGAAUCUCUAGACGUAAUCGAGGAUUACCUUUCUUUUUACCCAGAAGAAGAGAAAGAGGGCCUCCGAAAAUGGAACAGAGAUAAAGAGCUAGAAUUUACUGACGGGCAACGCAAUCUUUACGGCAUUUUGAGGCUUGACGAGGAUGAAGUUCGAGCGAUGUCUAAAGACGAACAGGAUAAAGAAAUUACAAGGGCGUUCCUUAGAGAGUUACAAAUAUGGCACCCCGAUCAUAAUGAAGAUGGCGAUGAUGAAGUUGUCCGUGAGUUGAUCUGGGCAUACGGCACUUUACAAGAUCGAGAAAAACGAGCGCGGUACAACAACUUGGCGGACUACGACAAAGGGUGGCUGUCAGGGAAACGAUUCAAAGCUGUGUUUUGGCCUGAGUGCGAGACUAUGGCUCAAAGUCUGGCGUGGAAGAAGAGAAUGGGCCUGCUUGCUUUAUCGGCUGGUCUUACAAUUGGGGGUAUCGUGGCAGUUGUUCUCACUGCUGGUUUCUCAUGUCCUUUGUUAUUGAGCGUUAUCAGUGGUGGGAUAAAUUCUUUAAGUGAGACCAUUAGCAAGGAGGCCGUCUUAGAUGGGUGUAAUGUUAAACAGUGGCUAUUGUCAACAGGUAUUGGAUGUCUCCUUGCGUCUCUUCCGGGUGGAGCGGCCAUAGGAACAUCCCUUAUUUUGAAGUCUGCAGCCCUCUCAGUUAGUGAGUUCACUGGAAUUAGAAUCGCCAUUGCUGCUGGAUGUGCUACUGCUUCAUCCCUCGGCACGGAUGCGAAAAAAUAUUUCAUCGAUGGCCGCGAGAUCACCACUAAGCAGGCUGUCUGUCACGCAACUUGUCAUUGUGCCGCAGCCGUUGCUGCAACUCUUGUGGGGGCUGGUAUUGCCAAGGCUAUGCACCUCGGUUCUCAAACUACAGCAGCAGCAUCCGACCUUGAGGGAGCAGUGGGGGACAUGAGCGAAGGGGCUUCAACAAUACUAGAAAAUGCUGAGGGAGUAGUCGAAGAAAUUAGCGAACAGAGUCCAUCAAUGUUUGAUCAAACGAAGUGCUUGUUGGAGCAACUUCCAGUUCCGUCAAGCUCAAAACUCACGAGAGUUUUGAUUGAAAAAGGUGGCGAAUUGGCAGAAAAGCUCUCAGACGAUGCUGAAGAGCUUCCAGACGAAAUUUUUUCUCUACAGUCCGACGACGUUGUUAUUGAGAAAGCGUUUGAGCUUGUAAAAAUGUUCACACAACAAAAUGUUGAUCUGCAAAAUCUAACCUAUAAAGAGGGCAACGGAGAUGACUCUGACUCAGAAUGUACCCAAGAAGCAGUUGGCGCGCAAAUGACUGAAAAUCAUGAAUCAUUCAAUCAGAGAGGUGGACUUAUCAUGUACAUAUCUAAUGGUUGGUGGUUGCCUGCAUUAUCCCAAAUGAUUGUAAGCUACAUACAAGACGACAAAGAGGUUACAAAGAAAGUCAGAGGGAACAGAAAGAAAAUUAAACUUACUGAAAAUGCGAAGGAAAUAAAAGUCCGUUUCAAAAUUUGGCGACCCACCUCUGGCUGGGGUCAUGUUAAUAAGUAUAAUCGUUUCGCAAGAUGGUGGUGUCAGCCAUACGAGCCACAUGUAUUCCACUACCCAACACCAGUGACUCGCACGUUUACCAUCGAAGGUACUCUGUGGUGGGAAGCGGUGAUGAAAGUAACAGACGAACAUCACAACGAAAAAGACGACAUAUAA